CAGCUUCAUUUGCCAAGAUGAGCGACGAUGGCAACAGGCAGACGCGCCUGCUGGAGGCCGACGACGAGGAGGAGGUCGAGGUCCCCGGCCGGUCAUCUUCCAGUGCAAGACGUGUCGGUCCAUCAUCGGCGACUCGAUGAGCUUCGUGCAGAGCAACGUGGACACGCGGACCGUCACGCUGGCCUUCGUGCUCCACACGCACCGCAGCAAGACGCCGCUGACCGCCAGCGCUGGCUUUGACAAGGGAAACACGUACUACGAGGUGCUCUGCUCACAAUGUCAGACGAUCCUCGGCAAGUCGUACAUUGCGACGACGCCCGAGCUCGACGAGCUACGAAACCUCUUUACGCUCGACACGGACGCGCUCUCGAGCUACCAGGUCGGGACGCAGCAGCCGAUGAACGACUGGGCGCUUGACGGCGCGACCAAGGUCCUCGAGUACGAGAAGAACGUACAGAUGAUCGAGCAGCUCCACGGCGACAUGGGCAAGGUGCAGAAUCUCCUCUUGGUCAUUGACGAGCGCCUCUGUGACACGGAGCGCCAGCUCGAAACGUUCAAGCGAGGCGCCAAGCGGCCACCGACCAACGGCGAUAGCGCAGUAAGCGGCGGGGGCAGCAAUCGGAGCAGCCCGGGCGUGACGACGCCGGCCAAGCGCGCCAAGUAGGAUGCAGCAAAGUGCGUACACGCUGUUCAGUAAGUGUGUCUACCUUAUUCCAUUCA